CUGCAACACUUGCCUGUAACGCCUUGUUGAAAUCUUUCCGUUCGGUGGCUGGAAAGAAGAAUAUGUCAAAAAUACCUCCACGUUGACAAUGUCGCUAAAUAGAGCCUGCAGGCUAUUUAUCUACGUUUUGACUGUGCUAUUUUUGAUUGAUUGUUCUUUUUCUACAAAAUCAAAGAGUUCGUCUUCAACUGCAAACUUCUUGGAAAAGGAAAGCCAACAAUGGUCUCAUGUUUCUUGCAAAAGCACAAAGAAGGAACAUAUCAUGAAAUUACGGGCCAAGAAUUCAAUGGACCAGCUCACAGUUUGCCUUUUAAAAGCAUUACAAGCCUCGAGCGACGCUUUCCUUUGGAGUAUGCUCGGCGAAUCAUUUAAUGUACUCGGAAAGACAAAGGCUGCAAACACAUGUUUUAAGGAAGCCACAAAACACGGCGGAAAGCUAUCUAAAUUCAUACAAACGUGGCAUUUUAUCGGGCCAUUCAUAAUCGGAAAGCCGGAAGUAGAUGGUGAUCCCUUGGAGGAAUGGGGUGGGGUGAAAAAUGUCUCAAUGUUCAGAUGGGAGAAAAAGUUUGUGCUAUACUCAGAGUUGGUUUCUCAAGGAGAGAUAACAUGGAUGGAAAUAAACCAACACAGAGCUUCUGAACCAGUGGCUAUUGUGCCAAAUGUUAAUUGGAAUGAGUUGGUGAUGUCGUUACAAUCACUGGGUGUCACUGAAUGGCAAGGAUGGGCUAUGGGGGAUUUUUUUGUGAAUGAAGAAGAUGUAACAGUUGUGAUUCAGUGUCUUGGAGUCCAUACUGUUUACGUUGAUCAAGCAAUGAUAACAGGAGAUGUUUAUAGAAGAGAUCAGUUCUGGUAAGUUCCAGUGCUUGGAGUGCACGGGGCCGGGGGGGGGGGGUGGUGUGUCAUGACAAGACCACACCCUGAGCUUCUGUUACUGUACAGGAUCCUAAUCCAUGUCAAUAUUUUGGUCAAUCUCGCUUCUCGAGUAAAUAAGUAAAUAAAUAAAUAAAUAAAUAAAUAAAUAAAUAUGGUUUGGAGAUAGCACAUGUGAAAAUGUUGGUCUUUGAGGAGAGGGGAAAACCAGAGUACCUGGAGAAAAACCUCUCAGAGAAAAGGAGAGAACCAACAACAACCUCAACUCACAUAUGGCAUCGACACCAGGAACCUGGACCACAUUGGUGGGAGGCAAGCGCUCUCACCAGUGCGCCAUCCUUUGCUCUCCAGUAGAGUAGGGGCCAAAUCCCGUAUCCCAUCAAGAAAUUUGGUGUUCUUCCAAAUCCAGUUGCAUAAUUUUAAAAUUAAUAACAUUGUAUCUAACAUAUUUAAUCAGCUAAUAUGUGAGUUUCAGGUGGCAAAUAUAAAAUGCAAAUGCAUACAGCUAUUUUGAGAAAGUUUGUCGGAAAAAGGGCACAUGACAAUCCCGAAAGGCAUUGAGGGUGGUUUGGAGAGCACUGUUCUUCAAAGAAAUUUGAAAGAAUCGCACUGGAGGCCAUGGACAUAUGUUUGAUCUAGUACUAAUGGAAAGCAACAAAAGGAGGUUCGACAGCUACAGUCGUUAGGAACAGUGUAUUGAUCAUAUCCCAUAUUACCUUUCGGAUUGUCGUGUGUGCAUUUUUUCCCAACAGCCUUUCUCAAAAUAGCUGUAUGCAAUUAAUUAUGAUGUGCUCCACUUCUUUGCUUUUAGAAUGUUUAAUUCAUCAGUAGAUGCGAGGUCAAUUAAAGGGGCUUUGUCAUGGCAGUCCUGUUCAUUUUGUUAAAUUUUGCCAAUUACUCGCCUUCAAUCGCUAUGGAACUUAAAGUAAGCAAAGAAAUUUCAUGUAAACGACAAAAUCAGAAAUUCGACACAAACAAAUAUGUCUCCUGAGCAUUAUUUUUGAAAUUACAAACAGCAGCGAUAAACUUUGAAAAACAUUAGGCUGAACACUGUUUUCAAAAACCCUAAUUUCAAUCUCUUACAAGCUUCUUCAGUUUUGCCCAUCUGUGGAAUCGGUUGUAUCUGUUGUGUUAUUUUAAUUAACCUUCCUUUAAUGUUUUAAGUGGUUAUUUUUAUGUUUCUCUUAAUUUAACUGGCAUUUUGUAAUUACCUAUUAUGGCUGAAUUUUGUGACACAGCUUCUUUCAUUCCCUUACUGUACUUUUGCUUUACCAGGUCAUCUGUUCAACUCUCCAGGGGGAUUCACACAUUAUACCUUCACAUCAGACAUAAAGGACCCUUCACUUUUACUUGCAACAUAAAACCCCUGGAAGCAAAACAGACCUUUCAGGUGUUAGCUCCAGCAUUUUUACCAGAACUGGUCGAAGGCAAGCUCUUUUCUAAACAUAUAACCUUCUCCGUCAACAAUUUCCAUGGUGCUUUAUGGCUAAAAGUAACCAAAGUUUCAAUCGUGAAAAAUUCUUGCCCUGGACAUCAGUUUACUAUGAAGAUCUUACAGGAAGACAAGGAUUUUUCGAUAGCUCCAGGACAAGUACGACCAAUCAAAAUACUUUUGGAGUACAAGAAUAGGAAGGAAACAAAAAGUGACGAAAGUGUUUGUUCUGAAAUAGAAUUGAUCUUGAAGAUAAGCACCAGUAAAGGCCAGGAUCAAAAGUUGGCAAUAAACCUGAGGUCUCGUAGACUCAGUGAAUCAUUUUUGUUCACCUUUUUGGAUCAUGAUGGCUCUGUUCAGCAUGGUGCGGCAAUUGCUCCUUUGAAAGGAUGUGAUUCUGGAAUUUGUCCUGUUUUAUUGACUCUACAUGGAACAAGUAUGGUAUCAGUAUAGUUCAUGCACAUGUAUGUGCAUAUAUAUAAAUUAUUUCUGUCAAUAUAGUGUGAAAUUCUUGGUUCUUUUAAUAUUACAACCCAGCUGCGGAUAUAUUAGGUCACUCUGCUUAUAGGUCCAUGUACAUGCAAAAUAGUUAACAAUAUUAUUGGAUGAGGUUGAGUAACAUAUCGUGAUUUGUCUGUGGCGAGCAGAUCAAAUAAUAAUUGAUCUGUGGGACACUGACAAAUCAUGAUAUUUUGCGAUAACUAAGUUCAAUAAUUGUUUUAUCAUUCGAUCACCGAGUUUGUUUUUUUAAUGAAUAUCUUUGGGAAGCGAAGUAAUCUGCCAUUUUCAAGCAAGAGCGAUCGCAAGAAGGAGAAAAGCACAGCUUCCUUUACGCAUGAGCAGAAUAUUAUUUGCAGUCAAACACUGUUGGAUAGCAUUGCACAUGAGCAGACCAUUAAUUGUAGGCAGUUAUUUGCAGGUCACGUGGUGGGCUCUCAGCCAAUGAAAAGAAAGAAAAAUUUGCUUCAAAUGAUAAUUAACAAUAAUUAAUUAAUAUUAAUAUUUUCCAAUAAUUAUUAUUGGAUGAAGUUUUUGUGACAUCUGGAAUAAUCAAGGUCAAGGUAAGUGUUAUCAGCUGACUACACUAUGGCUCGGCUGAUAACACUUACCAAGACCUUGAUUAUUCUGGAUCACAAAAACCAAAUUAUCUAAUAACUGUUUUGUUAUACAUUGUUUUGAAGAAUAUAACAACAAUCAAACUGUCGCUAGGAACGUGAAUUGAUAUUUUUAUUGGCAAUCAUGCAUUGCACAUGCAACCUACAGAUUGCUAAUAUCUUACCACCAAUUGUCUAGCAUACUGAUAAUUUUUGGUAACAAGGCAUUUUUAGUCUUGCCCUUUCUGAUUAUCCCAACAGGUCCCAUGAUCUCUCUUAAGUUAAUCUUUGUCAUGUAAUCACUUUUUCACUCUAUUCUUGAAAACUUACUACUGUUUUUAUUAUUUUCUUUAGCUGUCCCUCCUCAGAAUCAAGCAGACAGUUACAAGCGAAUGGAGAAAGGCAAGUGGGUGUUUGGCAUUGAACAUCUUUGGCUUCUGGCUCCUACCAGGCAUGGGGCUCAUAACUGGGAAGGGCCAGGAGAGCUAACAGCAAUGAUGGCCCUAAAGAGCUUAUCCAAACUUGUAAAAGAUGCUCCUUGGAUUGGCCCCCAAGUAGAUGUUGACCGCGUCAUCUUUGCUGGACACUCCAUGGGUGGGCAUGGGGCAUGGUAAAUUUUUUGUUUAAUACAACAUUGAUUGUAUUCAGUUUUUGUGCAUUUAAUUUUGUUUUAAUAUCUGACGGUCAAUAUGUGCAAAGAAUUUAUGUAUUUGAAAAUAUAUACCCCGUCAGGGCUGUCAUGAAGAUUUCAAGUUGCUGUGUAUGAGCAAUCAGGCAGGAAAUUGAAAAGCCUUGAAUUUAGGUUUCCGUGUAUUUUCCGUUGGUUUUUCAUGAAAUUUAGCUAGAGGUGUUGCUCAUUGUUGCUGGUGGCAAAUCCUUGGCUCCCAGCCCUUUGCUAGUGACAACCCUGUUUGUUUUAGGGAAUACAGUGGUGUCCUGUGAGUGACUGCCCAAAAUGCUAAGACCUACACUGUAGUGGCUACUUAGGUGGUUGCUUAGAAAUGGUCAUUUAGGACAGUUUAGUCAAGACAGCAGAUACCUAUUUUAUUACUGGACUAGUAUUUUGGGGUAGUUAUCAUCCCAUCUAUUCCAUUAUUUUGCCAUGACUAUAAUAUUAUUCUUAACUUAUUUUUCUCUAGUCCUAACAAAAUAAUGGCCUAUGCAAAAUUCAUUGUUUGAAUUUUUUUCAUUUAAAGUCAUUUGAUAAAACCAAAAUUUUUGUGUCUUCCUCGGUGGAAAAGUAUAGUUUUGGUACAAUUCAUUAUUUCUUUGAAAGUGAUGUUGUCAUGUUUUCAAACUUCAUUAUAAUAUUACAGAUGUGUUCCCUCAUUAGGCAUCUUGGUACCCACUAUCCUGACCAUGCCCUGGCUCUAGUGUCUGCAGCUGGUUGGAUCAAAAAAGAAGAUUAUGGUGAUUCUAACUUGUUUUUUCGCCAUGAUAUCAGUACAAGUCACACCUCGCCAGCUGUUAAAGCCAUUUUGGAGGCUUGCGUUGCAGAAAAUGACCCAGACAAACAUGUGUCAAAUUUACAUGUAAGUACAGCAGCCUGUAUAAUGUAGUCAGUGGCUAGUUACAUUUUUCCUCAAUUGUGAGAUAAUUAUGAAGUUAUCCUUAACACACAUCUAGGAUUAACAAUUAAGCAAUAGUAAACGUUUUCCGUGUUUGCAUAGCCUGAUAUAAACACGAGAGGGGUUGGGAGAAUUCGAGACAGUUAUGCAAACCCGAGACAAAGUUGAGUAAACUUGUGGAGUUUUGAACUCAAAAACUUUUUGAAAUUCGUGCUUGCGUGAUUUGUUCACUAAAAGCAAAACAUCUUGACGCCACAACCAUGUUUACAUGCUCUCAUGCAAACACUCCUCUCGGCCAAUCAGAGCGCGCGUACUAUCUUAGUUAUUUUAUAACUACAGUUACAAUCAGUAACAUUUCCUAGAGAAUCUACGGUGACUAGAUAGCUAUUUGAAUGAAAGCUACUGAGGUGACUAACUCUGGAUGGCUCUGGAUAAAAUUCCAUAGUGUGUCACUAUUCAAGUGAAAGCUGCUAAGUGUUUUUUUUAAUCUUAAUUAUGUGUUAUAAUCAAACAUCUUUGUUUCUCAGAGAGGGCUCUUUCAGGGGGAUGAGUGUGGGCUCAUUUCCCGAACAGUGGCUGAUAAUCGAGCCCAGUUAAAGAAGUAAUAUGCUUUAAUAAACAACCAUUUAUCUCUGCUCCCGUCUAAAGUAGCUUUUGUGGAAAGGUUUGACAUACGUCUAUAAAACCUCAUUAGUACUGUCAAUUUGUCAUGUAGGGAAUACCAAUUAUGAUACGCAUUGGUGCAGCUGAUAAAACAGUGCACCCUUACUACAGUCGCCGCAUGUUCCGACUCCUAAGGCAACAAAGAACCAAUGUUUCCUACUCAGAGUUACCUAAUAAGGAGCACUGGUGGUGGGAUACAUACAAGACCAAUGACGGAGGUGUUGUUAAUGACCCUGUCAUGAGGAAGUUUGCUGUUAGCCAUGCCAAGAAUGCUGGAAAAUAUGCUUCAGCACCGAGUAAGAACAUGAACGUUUUCUUGUGUUAAUAUAAUUGUUUUUUAGUUGCAGGAAAUAUCCAUUUUUACUAAUUGUCAAAAUUUAGUGUGAAAUGCAGUUUGUUGUCCAGAUUUAUUCUAUGCUGUAACCACCCUAAAGUGUAAGUGAUUGGAGAUUCUUGUUUUUGAUUUCUAGUUUAAAUUCUUACAAAUCAGUCUUACAAGAACAAGUGACCACAGACUGGGAGUAGGAAUGAGAAAUGAUCCUGGCAGUUUGGGUUAAUAUUAGGCUGAUUUAGCAACAGAAUGGGAAUGUCAGUCAACAACAGGAAAGCGUGCGGAAAGGACUAAACACAACUUAUUCCAGUGUGCAAUUUGCUACUCUGCCAUCGGUCAAGCCAGUUGUUUGAUUUGUGCAAGCCAUCGUCAACUGACAUUCCCAUUCUGUAGCUAAAUCAGUAUAAUUAUAAUCUUGCAGCCCCCAGUGGUCUCUGGUGACUUGCACUGGCUUUUGCGUGACAACAAAAUCUAGCUGGACUCUGUGACCUAACGUUCUUUUUGAGCCCUGUCUUGCAGCCAAUCCACCCUUAAAACAGUUUUGCGGUGGAAAUCCAGAAGUAACAUUUGUCUUGCUUUUAGCACUUAUUAUUAAAUUUUAUUCCAUCACACCGUUGAUGUUUCAGCUUGCCACUCAGAUAGAAAUGGGGAAUGUAGUGAUUCUGGUGGAACUGAGAAAUACAAAUCUACAAAAGGAACAGCAGAUAGAAACAUUGCAGGGAAUGGAAAGUUCCAACUUACUGUCUACAAUCCAGUCGCAAGUACAGGUAAAGAGGUGAUGAAGGAUAGACCAUGUAUGAUGCUGAAUAGGGUUAAUUUUUUUUGGUCUUAUAGUUUAAUUAUCAAAUGAAAAAAAUCUUCAUAUCUUUGGCCAAAAUCCAGACACCAUGAGCUGGGUUAAAAUAAUGAGAUACUGCUAAAACCGUUUUAGACCAUCUUAACUCUUUCACUGCCAAAUGUGGCCAAAGGCAAAUUUCGACCAACUUUCCACAUUUCAUUUUCCAAAAUUUUGACAAACAAAUAGCAUCAUGUGACAGUACAUGCAGAGAGCUUUCAUUUGAAUGGUCACAUCAUAGGAUUUUGUCUGCAGACUCAAAAGUUAGAGUCGCCUUACAAAACUCCAUCAAGUACUCUGGCAGUGAAGGGGUUAAAGGUGUCUAAAAUAGGAUGAAAGACUGUUUCAAGUGUUUGAUUUAUAUAGAAGAAGAAGAAGUUGAUAACUUUCUAGAAUUCUUAAGGCUUGACAUCUACAAAUAAAUUCUCCAGACUAAUCUUCCUACAUCUCUUAAAGAAUUUGUUGAGAGAAUUUGAUAAAAGAUCAAAGAAUAUUCCUCUCACAUGGUGAUCAUUUUAUAAAUUCUCGCAACCUCUAGUUCUUGAUUUUAUAUUGAUAUUGUUUAGAGAAAAUUGAUUCUGAUCACUCCUUUUUCCCCAGGAUUAAGAGGUGUACGUAUUAUGCAACAGAAUGUCCCUUUCCGUUCAAGUACAGUUGACAUCCACUUUGAUUCUAAUCAUGUCGUCAUGACCACUGAAAAUGUAGCUAGGCUCUGCCUCAAAGAGCCUGCUAUCUCUCCUGUUAUGUGGCAAGAACGGUCAGUUCAAAUUGAUGGCAAUCAAGUGGUAAUGGAGAAAGAUCUUAGUAAGUGUUCACUUUACUGUUAUUGAAGCAAUGAAGACUCAAUGAGGUGUACUCGAUGGGUAAAAAAUACAAGGUUUAUUUUUAUAGAAAAAAUAAGUCAAAGAAUCUAGUAAACGGUAUUGAUAAGAAGUUUCCAAUCUCCCCAAUUUUUGGGCCUGCAUCAAGGCUGUGCUUUAGCAGCCCCCAGUGGCCCCUGGCACCUAAUUUCCUCCAGGGCAACUAGAAAAUCUUAGAAUUUUCAUAAAUAUCAUGUGCUGGGCACCCUGGAUUUCACAGGUUCAGAGAACUGGGCUCUCUUCAUUUUUUCUAUUGGAGCUUCAGUGUGAGACAAUUUGGCCUGGCUUACAGAAACAAAGCCUAUCAAGCAUGGUUGACCCAUCAAGCUUGCAAAUUAUGCAUUUUGUUACAUAUGCAAGUCUUACACAGGAAAUGCAAGAAGAAAUGGUUGCACAAGAGACCCAUGAGUAGUUGAUUUUCAGGGGUACUUUCACCGGACAUGACUAGCUUUGCAGCAAGUGAUUUAACUCCCAUGUAUUGCGUGACUCCAGCAUAAUUUUACCAAAUCAGAAGUCAGUAUUCACGCCACUUGUAACAACCUGAUUUGUUGCAGACAGGUUUGAACGUGGCUGGUAAAAUAUGCAACAUGGCUUUUCAACUCUAGCCUGCGUAGCAAGCGUUUCCGCGCGAGUUAGUCGAGAAAGUUGGGAUGAGAGCAAAAAAAAAAGGAAUGACAGGGGAGGGGGAGGGGUUUCCUCUUCUCCCCUCCCCCUCCCCCCUCCACCGUUUUUUUUUUUGCUCCUGCUCUAGGUUUCGCGCAAUAACUCGAUUGGAAACGCUUGCUACGCGGGCUAUUUCAACUCUUUUUGGAAGCAAUGUUGCAAAACAAGUUGCACGUUUAUGUUGCCCGUUUGACGAUCGCUGAAUUAGGCCACUGAAACCAUUUUAACCCGAAAUUCAUUUUGAACUUCCACUUUAUGUACAUACAGGGUUCGUAUGCGUCUUGAAAACCCUUGAAAACCCUUGAAUUUCUAGAGCCCUUUUUUAGUUCCUUCAAAGUCCUUGAAAUCCUCUUUCAUUCAUUUUGGAAAAGUAACUUUGGAAAAGUUCUUUUACAUCAGAAGAAGUGUACGAACCCUAUUCGUAUUAUUUUCUAAACUCACAGCAAGCGAAGAGUGUUAUUUUUCACUCUGCAAACCUGAUGAUGCUAAAUCUUGGGUGCCCUGUCCUGGUAAUGUACCACUUGAGUCUGAGAUUUCCAGAGGUCCAUCCAAUAUGGGUCCUGCUAGACGAGUUGCAGAAAGAUCUUUUCUAAUUGUCACUGGUGAGUAAAAUGUCUCUCAGCAAGGCCCGCUGUUGAAAAUGUAUUUUGCAUAGUGAAAAUUCGACACUUCACUCUUACGACCGUCUGUUAGUGUUCAUAAGUAGACACCAUUGUCGGAUGAAGAGAAGUGACACUUGGAAGUACAGUUACAUUUGCAGUAGCGUGCGAGCAACUCUCCACUUGGGGGAUAUCGUGAAAAGUGGACGCGCGAGAGGCACGCGAGAGGAGACGCGAAAGCGGGAGGCGGGGGAGAGAAAGGAUCUCCUUUCCUCGGCUCCUCGCGGCUCGCUUCGCUCGCCCAAAUAGGAGAGCUUGCUCGCAUCUACAUUUGCAGGCUUCCUCGACUACGAGCAGUCUCUCUCUUUUUUCUUGGUCCGUCAAGCGGAACGCGCGAGAGACGAAAAUGACCAAGGGUAUUAUUCUGAAAGCAAGAGAUGGCCUCUUUCUUAGGCCCCCCUCGUUUCUUGCGUCUCGCGGCUUUGCUGCUUGACACUCGCGCGGGCGUGCACUCUCCUCACUAAGUUUGAGCUCGCCGUGUAAAGGCUCACUCUGUACAGAGUAAUUAAAGAUUACUUCUAAUAGAUUGGGGAUAAAAGAUCAGAUAAAAAAAACCACCUUUAUUGUACGCUCUUUUAUUACACUGAAACAAAAACCAAGUAAACAAACAAAAAACAUAGGAAAAACCUUAGCUACCCACUUCAAACACUGUCAUUUUUAAAAUAUCUGUACUAUAAAUGAGGUUAUAUAACUGAGGGACAAAUUAUGUACAAGGUAAAAAAGGUGAAAACAAGACUUCAUUUUAAGACAAGCAAAUUAUUUUUCUACAUUAGCAGUUUGUUAUUUGGAGAUUAUUUAGUCUCCGUAGUCAUGACUUACGUUAGGGACUGGUAUAGCCACUAGUUAUAGGGAUCUCUUAACUGCCAACGAGCAAAGAUUUUACCUAUACGCGCGCGCUGUUCAAUUUGUUUAGAAAUCUGAUGAAUUACGGUGAUUCAUUACGUCAUAAAAGUUACCUUACACUACCUUCUGUUACAUCGCUUCGAGACCCAUUCUGCCUUUCGAAUGCCUUGGAACUUGCGCCUAAGUGUUUACUGGAACACAAUGCAUUCUCUGUUCUUCAUUACGUCAUAAAAGUUAUCUUACACUACCUUACGUUACAUCGCUUCGAGACCCAUUCUGCCUUGGAACUUUCGCGUGCGUGUUCGCUAGAAAACAAUGCGCUCUCUGUUCUGCAUCACGUCAUAAAAGUUACCUUACACUACCUUCUGUUACGUCGCUUCGAGACCCAUUCUGCCUUGGAACUUUCGCGUGCGUGUUCGCUGGAAAACAAUGCAUUCUCUGUUCUUCAUUACGUCAUAAAAGUUACCUUACACUACCUUCUGUUACGUCGCUUCGAGACCCAUUCUGCCUUGGAACUUUCGCGUGCGUGUUCGCUGGAAAACAAUGCAUUCUCUGUUCUUCAUUACGUCAUAAAAGUUACCUUACACUACCUUACGUUACAUCGCUUCGAGAUUCAUUCUGCCUUGGAACUUUCGCGCACGGCUUUAUUAUGCUGCCCCCUCGCGAGGCUGCUCGUUGGCAAUAAGCAGGCUCAACUUUGUCGUAAAUGAUUAUUUACAUUAUUUUACAAAUAUUUACAACUACCGUCAACUCUCUAUAAGACAGACUUCUAGGAGGUAAGUCUAGGCAUCUGGUCAUGGUCCUUUCCUUUCUUCAGUGCUGUACUCUUACUUUCAGUAAAGCCAACAUCUCUCUUAGAUGGACACUCAUCAUCGUUAUCCUCCUCCUCCUCCUCCUCCUCCUCCUCCUCAUCAUCAGUAGCGUGGUCAUCGUCAUCACCAUCAUAACCAUCAUCAUCGUUAUCGUCAUCUUGAUUAUCAUUAUAAUCAUAAUCAUUAUUAUUAUACAUUAUACUCAUUAUCUGUCUUCUCAUUGGCUAAGAGCCUACAGUUAAUUUUGGAAAUCAGUGCAACCUACGGAUUAGUUUGUUAUCUGUAAGCAGAUAACUGACUAAUCUGCAGAUUGCGCGCACAAUGCAUGAUUUCCAACCACGACAGAAACCAUGUUCCGUGCGACGGUGUGUUUGUCGUUAGUUUCUUCAAAACAAUGUAUAAUAAAACAAUUAUUAGGUUCGGUUUUUGUGAUAUCCGGAAUAAUCAGGGUCUCGGUAAGUGUUAUCAGUUCCGGCCUUUUGGCUCGGCUGAUAACAUUUUAUUUUACCUCGACCUUGAUUAUUCCGGAUAUCACAAAAACCACAUCCAAUAUUUAUUUGUUGUCAACAUCAUCAUCAUCAUGUCCUUGAUCAUCAUUAUCAGCUAUUAUUAUUAUUCACAACAUUAUCGGCUUCUUAAAUCAUCCGUUAUUCUAAUGGAAACCUGAAACUAAAUUGCGCAAAAUGGUGUAGUAAAUAUUAUGCUUGGCUAUCUGUUUGACUGGUAUCCGGUCUUUUCGCUAGCGGAAGGAUUGCACAAAAAAAGGACUUCGCACAACGUUGACUAAGCCAAUUUCUCAUUCUAUAAGCAUGAUAAGUAACUUAAUAGGCUCCGUUUCCGUUGCUCUUUGUUCCUCCUCAAGAGAGGAUCGCGGGCUCAUUUCCCAAACAGCGGCUUGCUAUUGAGCCUAUAGAGCGUUUUCACAUGACGUCACGCGGCCAUAUUGGUGUUUGUUAACAUUAGAUCCCAUCGGCCAAAACUCCCUUGGACACCUUAUGAAGUUUACACAACCUAGUAUUCCUUAUCGCUUUGGUUUUGAGCACUGACUAUAGUGAUUACGGUUAAGCACUGACUAUGGUGAUAACUGGUGAUAAGGGUUAAGCCCUGAAAAUAGUGAUUAGGGUUAAGCACUGACUCCAAACGGUUAGCUUCUAUUUAGGGUUAAGCUUGUUGAUAUAUAGCUUUAAAUCAAACCAGUGCUAGCCAGAAAUCCUCAUCGGCGUAGUAGUAUACAGCACUCCGGGUUCGAUUCUUACUCCUGCUCUUCUAAAUUUUUUUUCUUCCUUAAAAAUUGAAGAGACUUACACUUUCAUGAACAUUUUCUGAGCAGAAAUGUUAAAGAACUUUGAAAUUUCAUCUAAGUGUAGUGUAGAAGCAAUAAAGAAUACGACGUUGGGUAAAUUUUAUAAGGUCUCCCCAGGGGGUUUAAGCAGAUUGGUCUCCCAAAACAAUAAAACGGCAGCCAUGCUGGUGUUCCAAACCAGUCCUGGGGGAGUUUAACUCUUUUCGUAUAUAAACGCUUUCUUUUGUUCCAAUAAAUUUGCAUAGAUACUGGCCACGUGAGUGAAAACGCUGCCUAAGUACUGAAAUUGGCCUGAAAAGUUGUGCCCUCUUUUGUGCAUCACAGUAUUUGUGUAAGGAACAAACUGGGUUGUAAUACCAUCACGGCGUGCAUCAAUUUCAAAAUACAACUGUAGAGCGAAAUUCGAAAUCAACUGAGCUGCGUAGCGAAAUGACCGGCAAUCGUUUAACCUAUAAUCAGUUAGGAAAAACUACAUUGCGCAGGUGACAGUGAACAAGUUCCUUGUUAACUUGUUAAUGCCACGGAGAUUCGACGUGAAUGUGCUUAAACAUCAAAUUCACCACCACCACAACAAAGGGACCAAAGAAAGUCAACACCAAGGUCCAGAGAAAACUCACUUCUCUACCAAGAACUUUAACACCAGAAGUACACGUAGUGCGGUACCAAUUCGUGAAGUCUUUCUUCUCUUGUCUUGUUCUAAAUAUCGUUUUAGGUGUUUCCUCCCAAGAAGCCGUAUGUUCUGAGUGGGUCCCUUGUGCUGCAUUAUCGCCAGAUGUAGUUCCGUCCAAGUGGGUUUCCGGUGCUCCAUAAUCGCUGUCUUCCACCAUCUCCAGUACUCUUUUCAAGCAACUUUUGAGAACAGACAUCUGGUAGAGUGGAACGGCGUACAGUACCAUGUUUUCUGUUAUGUCCAGUACAGCUGUUACCACGAUCUCUUGCGUCGUGAUCUUGUACUGAUCGAUAAAAUUCUUACGGGUGUAGUCUUCACCUGCAGACAUUCCCACGGUGUGAUUUGAGGGAGGAAUCAUAACCAGAUAAUACGGAAUUGGGCGAUUUCCCGUCAACCUGUGAACGGGAGUUCACAUGGUAACUUGUUAGUACUAAUAUGAGCUUUAAUUCAGGGGAACUAAGCAUUCCUCACUUAAAUGUUUUGUUAAUUAGUUUAAAUCCUUGCAUGAGAACUUUAUUUCCCCCUUCAUUUCUAUUGUUAAUAUUCCCAGGGAAAAAAGGAAGAUAGGACACAUGGGAUUGUACCAGGAAGUCCCAUAGUGCGACAUGCAACCUUUAACCUUUGAUCACUACAUGCAUUCUGUUUUUGCCCGGUGUAUACAUGUGUUGAACGGUCUUCCAUUUACUGGCUUUGGUCGUGUUUAAGUCCACAGCCAACAGCCAUCUGUCAUCACCUACUGCCUAAUUAUACCACCCAUUGCCACGAUUAGCCAUGCUAUUGGCAAUUAACCGAUUUAACAGAUUUAAGAUUGAAGAAAGAUCAAGAUAGCUUUUCUGUUGUACUUUUUGUUUUCAAAGGGUUUUCAGGUUUAAUAAGUUGUAAUGAGCUUUACUCCUUCUUCUCCAGAAGACCGCACGCCGAGCUGGCUAAAAGGCCAAUCUCUUAUCCAACAAGGGCGAAUAGAAUAACUGUGUCAUUGAAUUCUCAAGCUUCGCUUUAAACCCAGUUUUUGUUACAUUUUACUCAGGGUCGUCUUAAGUUGUACAGGAUUCAGGCUGUCGCCCAUUUGAUAAUAUUAUAGGUUCAAACGCAGAAAUGAUGGCUGAGAUACAGUGUGUACCAGUGAAUAAGCUGAAAAUGCAGUAUUGGAGGUUUAGAACUAAAUAAUAUCAGCUAAUUAUUGAAUGGAACUUUUACCGAAUUCGACCGAAUUUUGACGCACAUUGCAUAAGAUUAGAAAGAUCUUGAAAACUGUUAUGAUUUUGCGAACAAACAUAAUUAUGAACAAAACAAAGUGCUGUUAGAACUAUAAAUUAGGCUAUGUUCACACUAUACAGAAAAGCUUUUGCGCCGCCACUAAAAUCAAACCGGAUACGGCUUCUCGUCGCACGGCAAGAACGGUGAUUUCGGCGCGAGGAGAACGGAGCGAACGGUCUGCACUUUGGUGCAGCGAUUCGGACCGGCGCGGAAGUUUUUAAAAGUAGGAGCGAGGACUGGAACCCACUGAGACGGAAUUGUAAUGAGAUUUACAAUUAGAGUCCUACCUGUGCGGAAAAGGCAUCAAAUUUUUCGACCCAACAUUUAAAGUUUGCAGGCUGGCUGCUGCAGCGCUGCCAGGUAUUUCAUAAACGGUGUGGUUUGCUAUUAUCACGGUUUCAGCUUUUUCCACGAUGGAGAAUAUUUCCAGUGCUGAAGCCAAUAAAAUCAUGGCUAUAUACAAGGAGAGGAAAAAACGGAAAGCCUUCUCAGUCUCCUUGAUCAGUGUUCUUAUUUUUAUGGCUUUUUUCUUGGCUUUAUCUUCGGUUGGAUAGAGACCAUCUCCAAGCUCGUCUUUGAAUUUGUCCACUUCGCAACACAGAAACAACAUCAUGUAAAGAAAUGCGAAGAAAAUGGGCAGCGAAAAACCGCGACUGGCUGCGUAAAAGAAAACAUCAAAAGCUAUUUGUGUCGCUGGGAAGGUGAUAUUACUGGUCCCCGUGAUCUUUCCGUCUCUGUAUCUUGGCCCUUCCAAAAAAUCUGGUAUUAACAUUUGCGUGGCAUGCAAACUUAUUGGAACGACAAAUAGCCAAAGCACAGAAUUUACCACGAACACGGAGAUCGAGUGGGACGAAGCUCUUCUCCUCACCUAAAGAUUACAGAAAUGAUUUAGAAAGACUGACGUUAAGUAUAGAAAACGUCUUGCGUUUAAUUUCGUGUUUCAAAACGUCAACAGUACAAGAAUGUUUCAAUAGUGGAUGAGUUCUUUGAAAGGCUAGAACCCUCUUAAUGUUGUAAUAAAUAGCCUGCAAACACAGCCAUUUAGCGAGGAGAAACAGCUGUUUUCGCAUGCUACGUAACAACCAGUCAGUUGUCCCUUCAGUUGAACCAGUCUCUCCGGAAGGUCCUACUCGGUAGCUUUUAUUUGAAUGGUCGCGCUGAGGAUUUCAUCCACAGACUCAAAGCUAGGUCAUCUUUGUACAGGAUAAUAAACAGUACCACAGGAAAGUAUUGCCCAGUAGCUUUCAUUUGAAUGGUAACACUUUAGGAUUUCAUCCGCAGACUCAAAAGUUAGAACCACUUUGUACAGCAUAAUAAACAGUACCACAGGAAAGCAUUGCCCAGUAGCUUUCAUUUGAAUGGUCACACUUUAGGAUUUCGUCCACAGACUCAAAAGUUGGAACCACCUUGUACAGCAUAAUAAAUAGUACCACAGGAAAGUACUGCUUGGUAGCUUUCAUUUGAAUGGUCAGACCACAGGAUUUCAUCUACAGACUCAACAGUUAGAACCAUCUUGUACAGCAUAAUAAACAGUACCACAGGAAAGUACUGCUUAGUAGCUUUAGGAUUUCAUCCAAAGACUCAUAAGUUAGAACCACCUUGUACAGCAUAAUAAACAGUACCACAGGAAAGUACUGCUCAGUAGCUUUCAUUUGAAUGGUCACACAUUAGGGUUUCAUCCACAGACUCAAAAGUUAGAGCAACCUUGUACAGCAUAAUAAACAGUACCACAGGAAAGUACUGCUCAGUAGCAUUCAUUGGAAUGGUUACACCACAGGUGUCCCUACCCAAGCUCACGUUACGAACAUGUUAUGUAAAUUACCUUUCUCGCAAGAGAGUCGGUGUCCCGUUACGAGCAACAGUUAACACUUUGUAUGAGAAAUAAAAUUCUGAGGUCUCGUCUGCGAACGCUAAAUAUCAUAAUUUUUACUUUUUUUCUAUAAAAUAAAUAAAGGAGUCUUACCUUUUAUGUACUACUGUGUUUUUGGUGUGAAUUUAUCGAUUUACAGUCGACUCCCGAUAACUCGAACCUUCCAGGGAAAUCUCGAAAAAGGUUCGAGUUAUCGCCAGUUCGAAUUAUCGGGCGCUUGAAAACAAUAGCCGGGAGUAAGGAAAAAAACAGUUUUAACUGUACAGUGAACAUUUUAAUCACAUUUAAUUGUAGAAAUGUCAAGUGAAAAUUAAAAGAUACUUCUAGAUUAUAAAUCAGAAUCGUAACAUAACAAAACCUUGCUUAAAUAGAGCAUGCGUUUUACUGUUUUGAGAAGUAAAGCUGUUUGACGUUAGAUUUGUGACAAACAACAUCAGCCUCCAAUAGUAAACUAUAUGCCUACAACACGUCAAUGGGAAAUUCAAAAUUCAAUGUUUGGGACACCAGUAGACUGUUUUUUCCCGACUUUUAAGGGCUCAAAACAUGGCUCGAGUUAUCGAGGGUAAAAUUAUAUAGAAAUGAUCUGAGGGGAAACAAAACUACUUCGAGUUAGCGGGAGAUUCGAAUUAUCGAGGGUGUAUGACGGAAAUCCAGGGGAAAUCGGUUUCGGUUCGAGUUAGCGAGGGUUUGAGUUAUCGGGAGUCAACAGUAGUGGGUUUUUUUUAGCUGUUAUUGUUUUACCCCUGCCACUCUCUUCAUAAUACGAAGGGAUCAAACAUAACAGCCAAAAAAACGGACUAAAUCGAUAAAUUCACACCAAAAACACAGUAGUACAUAAAAGGUACGUCUUCUUUCUUUAUUUCAUAGAAAAAAGUAGAAAUUAUGAUAUUUAACGUUCGCUAGACUGUUUUUUUUUCUCGCGCGUACUUGAAUACGCAAAAAUACGGACUGUUUUGCAGUCUAAACGUUCGCAGACCUCAGAAUUUUAUUUCACAUUUUAUUUCUUAACUGUUGCUUGUAACGCGACACCGAUUCUCUGGUGAGAAAGUUAAUUUACAUAACACGCUCGUAACGUGAGCUUGGAAUACCUGUGUUUACCACGACUGCUUUAAUAUCGUUAGAUUUCCUUGUGCAGCAUAUUCAACAGUAGUACCACAAAUUUCGUGCUCAGUAACCUUAGGCUGGACGGUUACACAUUACAAUUUCACUAAAGAGGUUAAAAUAACGUGUAAAGCGUAAUUUACGUUUCCCUAGGAACAAACCCCGGGCAAUCCUCUUACUCUUCUUCCCUGUUUCCUUCCUUCCCUUAGUUCCCCGUUCCGGGAAACUUACCUCUUCCUUGGUGACGCUCAGCUGCUUCAGAAGACUUUGAAAGUUGCCGAACAAGAAAAAUACGAGUCCCGUGUGCUGAUUUACUAUCCAGCACAAACCGUGGGCCAUGUUCUUGAUGUCCGUUAGCGGGCACAGCCAAUCGACUUCCUCAAUUGUUCGCAGUGUGAAAAAUCCCAUCGAGUACAGGAAAUAGCACCACAUUAUGAGUGCAACUAUCAGCUGCCAAAUGGCGUAUGCGAUUCUACAUACUUUUCUUGGCAGAUUGUGCCUUUUGAUGAAAUUUUCUGCAGGCCAAAACCACUGCCCGGCGAAGAAGAAGUAUAGGCGAGUGUAACGGCGUAGCAGCGUCAUGGCGUUGCGUUCUGUUGUAUCGGGAUCAUCGUUAUGGGCUCCUGCGUUCGGUAUAUUUAUCACUACGUGGGGUGGCCUUAUAAUAAUCGCAGAUUCCCCAGAUUGAUCGAAAUUGAUCGAAAAAUUCCUUUCCUCUUCGGAUAAUUGACGAUAGCGAUUCAUUGUCGAUUUUGGCUCUCCCACUGAAACAAUGAAUGCGCCAGUGCCGGCUUGCUUUGUUUUGAAGGGGGUUUUCCCGAAUUAGUUUCCAAGACGUCCACUGGUUCGUUUCGUUUGUUUUGAUGAGCACAUUUCUUAGAAAUCAGACAACAAAGAACUUUCUGUCAAUGGUGUGAACCCAGGAUUAAUUUCAUAAGUAAGUUAAAUAAAUAUUUUGAAUACGACCAUCCGGUUGAGUGUUGUCCUGAAUAGAUCUGAACGUGGCCUGUGCGGAAGUUAUCAUCGCAUGGUCUUCGUCGUUGUUGUCGUCGUCUUCACCAUCGUCGUCGUCAUCGUCAUCAUCAUCAUCAUCAUCAUCAUCAUCAUCAUCAUCAUCAUCAUCAUCAUCAUCAUCAUCAUCAUCAUCAUCAUCAUCAUCAUCAUCAUCAUCAUCAUCAUUUUGCGUUGUCAUGUUAUGAAACUUUAAAUCGUAAAGCUGACUAUAACUUCACCUAAUUUAUAAGCCUUGAUUUCCAGUCAAGUAGUUUCACUCGUCUUCAAGUAAUACAUUGAUUUAUUACCGACUAUAUUCAGUUUUAUAAUACCAUUUUAUUUCCUGAAGCUAUUUAUUAAACAUUUGUACCGCUUAUCCGUACCAUGGGAAGACUUAGGAGAAGGAAAGGUAGUUUGUUAUCAAAGCAGUCAAACUCCGCUUUACAGACACCUGCUUAAUACCGACACCUCAUUAUUACGGACAGUUUGCCGUGUCCCUGUCAAAACAAACCCUUACAUUUUCUCUCAAUUCAACCCCCCUUAAUACCGACACCCCGUUAAAACAGACACUCUCUAUGGCCCCCUCAGUGCCGUCCCAUAUCAACGGUCUUUGACUGUAUAUCCUUACAUGCUUGAUCAAAAUCUCCCCUAUCCUUUCAUCCUUUCUUGAAAAACGGUAUUCAUGAUAAAAUAUAUUCAGUGGUAAACAGCGAUCAGGCGUUACUGUCUAUUGUCGCGUUGUGUUAUUUAUUUUGUAUUAAAAAGUUACCUUCAAACCCCGUUAACACGGACACUGAGGGGGCCAUAGAAAGUGUCCAUAGUAAUGGGAUGUCCGGGGGGGGGGUUCAAACCCCGUUAACACGGACACUGACGGGGGCCAUAGAAAGUGUCCAUAUUAAUGGGGUGUCCGGGGGGGUUCAAACCCCGUUAACACGGACACUGAGGGAGCCAUAGAAAGUAUCCAUAUUAAUGGGGUGUCCGGGGGGAGUUCAAACCCCGUUAACACGGACACUGAGGGGGCCAUAGAAAGUGUCCAUAUUAAUGGGGUGUCCGGGGGGGUUCAAACCCCGUUAACACGGACACUGAGGGGGCCAUAGAAAGUAUCCAUAUUAAUGGGAUGUCCGGGGGGUUCAAACCCCGUUAACACGGACACUGAGGGGGCCAUAGAAAGUGUCCAUAUUAAUGGGGUGUCCGGGGGGGUUGAAUUAAGAGAAUCAGGGAUAGAAGCGGAAUCAUGAAUCAUGAAUCAUAGUUACAAAACAUUUAACAGUCAUGAAUCUUUGUUUUAAAAACUUGGGAAUCAUGAAUCUUUGUACUUCGGCUCGGGAAUCGUGAAUAACGAAACUCUGAGAAAAGCUCAACAAAAUACACGUAUGAAUUAAUUGCGUUCGAUCCAGGGAAUGCAGGAUAUGGCUUUUACGAGAGUCCAAUUUUGAAAAAUUUUCCCGGGGAACAUGCCCCUGGACCCCUCUAUAUAAUUCGUGUAAUCGGGGCUGACAUUCCGCUUGUUUCUCCAAUAACCUUGUGCUUAAUGUUCAGUGACAAAAAAACUCCAUGCCAAGACAAAAUCUGAAUUCUUGUCGGAAUCAUGAAUCACUGAGGCAAAAACGACAGGAAUCGUGAAUAUCGAGAUUCAAAUGAUUCCGCUUCUAUCCCCGAUAAGAGAAAAUUUAAGGGCUUUCUCACACCCCAGGGACAAAGCAAACUGUCCGUGACAAUGCUGUGUCCGUAUUAAGCAGUUGUCCGUAAAGUUGGCUUUGGCUGUAUUCAUGAGUUUUCCAUGUUGUGACAGAGCAACAGCUUAAUUCUCAUUCGUUAUUUACGAAAGUGAAUGUACAGUGUAGAUAAUUGUCAAAGGUACUUCCCCGAAAGGAAAUAACAGACAGGAAGUGUUUUCAAACAUAUCUUUCACUUUCGGUGAACUAAUCUCGACCUUUUGUUGACCUUCUGCAGGUACCUGAUAUAUGUCGCUUCCCGUUCCACACGAGAAACCGAAAUGAAGAAACGAAAACUUAUUGUAGCGAUUGUGAUUCGGAUACAUUUAUGAAUGAAGUUGUGGUUGGUACAUCAUACGGUCUAAAACUUAACCACCAAAGCGUCAUCAGUGAAAACGUCACGGAAGUGACUCAUUCGCGCUGUUUUAAAUUUCAUUCGCCAUUUUUACAUCUCCCAUAAUACACUUUUUUGGCACCUCAAAAGUUUGCAUAAUCUCUGUUUUUAAUUUCUCCUGGGUAUUUCAGUGGCCCCAAGAGAAAACAAUGGGGAUAAACGAGGUGUAUUAUGGGAGAUGUGCAAAUUGCGAAUCUUAGCCUGCGAACGUAGCAUUUCCGGUCGUCACUUCUCUCUCUUAAGCAAGAAUUGUUUCUGCUAACGUUUCGUUAUAAAAAAAAUAUGAAUUUAACAGAUUCACGUAAAAUUUUUUUUCUGUAAGUAAGAGUUAUUUCUGCUAAUGUCGGAGACUGACUUCGAGAAGUUUUGAUGGUUAUUGUUUGCUAUUUUUGACUCCUAAAUAAACGGUCGUCGAAAUCCCCACACAAACUCGAGAACAACACUUCUUGCACUAGCUCUACCCGAUGUUUUGUCACGUGAUUCAUGUGAGAUCACGGGACAUUUUUCAUUACUUGAGGAAGUCCGCAAAGCAUUAUCGUCCCCAGAUCCGCGAUCUUUUUGCGGGUGGCACUGGCCAAACGGAUCACAGUCUGCGAUGCUUAAAAGGGGUGCAAGUAACCGGACUGUGACAAGAAGUCUUUGGUGUCGGAUUCAUUACGUCGUAAAAGUUACCUUACACUACCUUCUGUUACAUCGCUUCGAGAUUCGUUCUGUCUUGGAACUUUUGCGCACGGCUUUAUUAUGCUGCCCUCUCGCGAGGCUGCUCGUUGGCAUUAAGCAGGCUCAACUUUGUCGUAAAUGAUUAUUUACAUUAUUUUACAAAUAUUUACAACGUUACUACAGUCAACUCUCUAUUAGACAAACUUCUAGGAAGUCUAGACAUCUCUGUUCUGCAUCACGUCAUAAAAGUUACCUUACACUACCUUCUGUUACGUCGCUUCGAGACCCAUUCUGCCUUGGAACUUUCGCGUGCGUGUUCGCUGGAAAACAAUGCAUUCUCUGUUCUUCAUUACGUCAUAAAAGUUACCUUACACUACCUUCUGUUACGUCGCUUCGAGACCCAUUCUGCCUUGGAACUUUCGCGUGCGUGUUCGCUGGAAAACAAUGCAUUCUCUGUUCUUCAUUACGUCAUAAAAGUUACCUUACACUACCUUACGUUACAUCGCUUCGAGAUUCAUUCUGCCUUGGAACUUUCGCGCACGGCUUUAUUAUGCUGCCCCCUCGCGAGGCUGCUCGUUGGCAAUAAGCAGGCUCAACUUUGUCGUAAAUGAUUAUUUACAUUAUUUUACAAAUAUUUACAACUACCGUCAACUCUCUAUAAGACAGACUUCUAGGAGGUAAGUCUAGGCAUCUGGUCAUGGUCCUUUCCUUUCUUCAGUGCUGUACUCUUACUUUCAGUAAAGCCAACAUCUCUCUUAGAUGGACACUCAUCAUCGUUAUCCUCCUCCUCCUCCUCCUCCUCCUCCUCCUCAUCAUCAGUAGCGUGGUCAUCGUCAUCACCAUCAUAACCAUCAUCAUCGUUAUCGUCAUCUUGAUUAUCAUUAUAAUCAUAAUCAUUAUUAUUAUACAUUAUACUCAUUAUCUGUCUUCUCAUUGGCUAAGAGCCUACAGUUAAUUUUGGAAAUCAGUGCAACCUACGGAUUAGUUUGUUAUCUGUAAGCAGAUAACUGACUAAUCUGCAGAUUGCGCGCACAAUGCAUGAUUUCCAACCACGACAGAAACCAUGUUCCGUACGACGGUGUGUUUGUCGUUAGUUUCUUCAAAACAAUGUAUAAUAAAACAAUUAUUAGGUUCGGUUUUUGUGAUAUCCGGAAUAAUCAGGGUCUCGGUAAGUGUUAUCAGUUCCGGCCUUUUGGCUCGGCUGAUAACAUUUUAUUUUACCUCGACCUUGAUUAUUCCGGAUAUCACAAAAACCACAUCCAAUAUUUAUUUGUUGUCAACAUCAUCAUCAUCAUGUCCUUGAUCAUCAUUAUCAGCUAUUAUUAUUAUUCACAACAUUAUCGGCUUCUUAAAUCAUCCGUUAUUCUAAUGGAAACCUGAAACUAAAUUGCGCAAAAUGGUGUAGUAAAUAUUAUGCUUGGCUAUCUGUUUGACUGGUAUCCGGUCUUUUCGCUAGCGGAAGGAUUGCACAAAAAAAGGACUUCGCACAACGUUGACUAAGCCAAUUUCUCAUUCUAUAAGCAUGAUAAGUAACUUAAUAGGCUCCGUUUCCGUUGCUCUUUGUUCCUCCUCAAGAGAGGAUCGCGGGCUCAUUUCCCAAACAGCGGCUUGCUAUUGAGCCUAUAGAGCGUUUUCACAUGACGUCACGCGGCCAUAUUGGUGUUUGUUAACAUUAGAUCCCAUCGGCCAAAACUCCCUUGGACACCUUAUGAAGUUUACACAACCUAGUAUUCCUUAUCGCUUUGGUUUUGAGCACUGACUAUAGUGAUUACGGUUAAGCACUGACUAUGGUGAUAACUGGUGAUAAGGGUUAAGCCCUGAAAAUAGUGAUUAGGGUUAAGCACUGACUCCAAACGGUUAGCUUCUAUUUAGGGUUAAGCUUGUUGAUAUAUAGCUUUAAAUCAAACCAGUGCUAGCCAGAAAUCCUCAUCGGCGUAGUAGUAUACAGCACUCCGGGUUCGAUUCUUACUCCUGCUCUUCUAAAUUUUUUCUUCCUUAAAAAGGGAUUAAAAAUUCUUAAAAAGGGAUUAAAAAUCCUUAAAAGGGAUUGACUUAUUGUCUUGAUUUUUCCCAUAGACGACCACUUCCCGUAAGCGACCAAGGUUCGUAUACCAAGGGUGGUCGCUUACGAGAGAAUUGAGUGUAUACAGUACAUUGGCUAAGAGCCUACAGUUAAUUUUGGAAAUCAGCGCAACCUAUAAUCUCUUUCGCAACCGUUUUUAGGGUCGUCACGCAACGCUCGUUCCCAGUGACUACCCUAAAAACAGCUGCGACUAUUGCGACAGCUGAGACUACGCAACCUACGGUAGCAGGUAACUGACUAAUCUGUAGGUUGCACGCGCAAUGCAUGAUUUCCAGCCACGACAGAAAACAUGUUCUGUGCGACGGUGUUUUUUGUCGAAAACGUCACUUAAAAAGUGAAUUUGCGCUGCCUCAAACCUCAUCGCGCUUAUUCCAUCUCGUUGAUUCUUCAAAUGUUGCCAAUUUUUUUGGAGUUGAAUUCUAAAGGACAGCAUCAAAGUUCAGGAAAAGAAAAAGAAAGUUGUUGUCUUGUGUUCCCGUCCUCGACAAAGCGUGAAAUUAGGCAGUUUCACGUUGUAGUCGUGCAACGACAGAAGAGAAAUGUACAAAAAAGCGUGAUGCACGUGCAAAGUUGUUGUUUUGCUUGUCUAAACCCUUUGCUUUUUUGCCGUUCUCGUUGCCGUCGUCGUCAUCGUUACGUAAACUCCCUAUUUUCUUCAAAACAAUGUAUAAUAAAACAAGUAUUAGUUUCGGUUUUUGUGAUAUCCGGAAUAAUCAAGGUCUCGGUAAGUGUUAUCAGUUCCGGCCUUUUGGCUCGGCUGAUAACAUUUUCUUUUACCUCGACCUUGAUUAUUCCGGAUAUCACAAAAACCACAUCCAAUACUUAUUUGUUUUCAACAUCAUUGUCAUGCCUUGAUCAUCAUUAUCAGCUGUUAUUAUUAUUUACAAGAUUAUCGGCUUCUUAAAUCAUCCGUUAUUCUAAUGGAAACCUGAAACUAAAUUGCGCAAAAUGGUAUUGUAAAUAUUAUGCUUAGUUAUCUGUUUGACUGGUUUGACCGGUAGUUUCGCUACGAAGUCCUUUUUCUGUGCAAUCCUUCCGCUACAACGUCAACUAGGCAUUCUAUAAGCAUGAUAAGAAACUUAGGUUCCAUGUCCGUCGCUCUUUGUUCCUCCUCAAGUGAGGAGCGCGGGCUCAUUUCCCAAACAGCGGCUUGCAAUUGAACCUAUGGAGCGUUUUCACAUGACGUCACGCGUUUGUGUUCCAAACCAGUCCUGUGGGAGUCCUGGAGCCCUUUUUUCUCAUGAAAACGCUUUCUUUUGUUCCAAUAAAUUAACAUAGAUGCUGGUCACGUGAGUGAAAACGCUCUAUAAGUACUGAACUUGGGCUGAAAAGUUAUGCCGUCAUUUGUGUAUCACAGUAUUCGUGUAAGGAACAAACAGGGAUAUCGAUGCAGUACUAUCACGACGUGCAUCAAUUUCAAAAUACAACUGUAUAGCGAAAUUCGGAAUCAACUGAACCAAGAGCCGAUCGGCUCCUGACUGAACUGCGUAGCGAAAUGACCGGCAGUCGUUUAACCUAUAAUCAGUUAGGAAAAACUACAUCUUGUAGGUGAUAGUAAACAAGUUUGUCCAGCGUUUUUGUCUUCUUUAUCGAUUUCCUUGUUAAUGCCAAGGAGAUUCGACGUGAAUGUGCUUGAACAUCAAAUUUACCACCACCACAACAAAGGGACCAAAGAAGGUCAACACCAAGGUCCAGAGAAAACUCACUUCUCUACCAAGAACUGUAAUACCAGAAAUGCACCUAUUGCGGAACCAAUUCGUGAAGUCUUUCUUCUCCUGUCGUGUUCUAAAAAUCCUGUUAGGGUUUUGCUGUGCUCCAUAAUCGCUGUCUUCUACCAUCUCUAGGACUCUUUUCAAACAACUUUUGAGAACAGACAUCUGGUAGAGUGGAAAGGCGUACAGUACCACGUUUUCUGUGAUGUCCAACACAGCUGUCACCACGAUCUCUUGCGUAGUGAUCUUGUACUGAUCAACAAGAAUCUUUGGGAUGAGUCCUUCAUCUCCAGACAUUCCCACGGUGUGAUUUGAGGGGGGAAAUACAAUUAGCGACUGGCUGCAUAAAAGAAAACAUCAAAAGCUACUUGUAUGGCUGGGAAGCUGUUAUUGGUACCCGUGAUCUUUCCAUCUGUGUAUCUUGGCAUUGGCAAAAAUUCUGGCAUCAACAUUUGCGUGGCGUGCAAACUUAUUGGAACGACAAAUAGCCAAAGCACAGAAUUUACCACGAAAACAGAGAUCGAGUGAGACGAAGCUCUUCUGCGUACCUAGAUAUUGAAGAAACAAUUGCGACAUGACGAAAUUAGGUGCCUAGUAAUAUAGAAAACGUCUUGCGUUUAAUUUAUUUCCAUAAAACAAAACGCGAACAGCACAAGGAUAUUCCAAUAGUGGAUGAGUCAGUCUUUGAAAGGGCAGAACCCUCUUUAUGGCGUAAUAUAUCCUCGGAGACUUGGGGGCAGUUAGUUGGUCUGCCUUAGUUGCGUCAGCGAAAGUUUUCAAGAACGGGCGAGAGAGCCCCUGGGAUACUACUCUUAACGAACCAGUUCCACGACUUACCUAGUCUGUGAUUGGGCACAAACAAUAUGUAAUAUUCAUAUCACCGCAAGGUACUACUCAAUAGCUUUUAUUUGAAUGUUGACGCUGAGGAUUACAUCCACCGACUCGAAAGUUAGAAGCACCUUGUACAGCAUAAUAAACAGUACCACAGGAAAGUACUGCUCAGUAGCUUUCAUUUGAAUGGUCACACGUUAGGAUUUCGUCCACAGACUCAAAGUUAGAACAAUAUUGUACAGCAUAAUAAACAGUACCACAGAAAAGUACUCCUCAGUAGCUUUCACUUGAAUUGUCACACUUAAUGAUUUCAUCCAAAGACUCAAAAGUUAGGGCUACCUUGUACAGCAUAAUAAACAGUACCACAGGAAAGUACUGCUCAGUAGCUUUCAUUUGAAUGGUCACACGUUAGGAUUUCAUUCACAGACUCAAAGUUAGAGCCACUUUUUAUUACAAGUAUUACGAGAAUUCUAUUUCGUAAAGCUUAUUUGUAGAAAUCUAUACACUUUAUUUUCCUCAUGUGAGAAAAGCUUGUACAGCCAAUCAGAAUGGCGUACAUGCAACUGUUUUCACAUGUGGAAGCAUAACCAAUCAACGACAGCAUAAUUGCCUUUCUGAGCCAAUAUCAGAGUAGUUCAUCGUUUAUGGCUUUCCAGAUUUGGCGGCUUUCUGGCGACCUCCAAAUUUUUUUACACAAAAUACCGGAGACGAAGGAAAACUAUUACAGGAUUUUGUCGGUUGGUUGCUCCUUAGAAGAGUUUGUGUAGCAUCAAAAAAAAAAAAAAAAAAAAAAACAGGAACACAUUAAGCAAAACACGGAGAGAUGUUUCGUUGUUAAUAAAGUAUUUAGUUUGAAGGAGCCAGCCGAGAGAGUUGGAAAAUAUUGAUACAAGAAGUCUCGACGUGUUAAUCGCCAAUUUUCUACUUCAAUCGAAAGAAAGACGGCGAACAAUAAAACGAGCCCACAUCGCUGAGGUCUGUGACGUACUUAGAUUAAACUUUUGUAAGUGUAUUUUCUGUUUGCGCUGGAUGGAUAAGAACUGGACGGAUUUUAAGAGAAAAGGCAGACUGCAAGCAGUCUACAAAACCCGAACGAGCGAGGUACGAUCGAGCGAGUGAGGGCUUUUGACACAAACAACUCGUGAAUAUAACCCCGUAUAAAGCACUCUCUAUGACGUGAGCUGUUUAUUACAUAUAUCACGAGAAAGUUAGAACCACCUUGUACAGCAUAAUAAUCAAUACCACGGGAAAGUAUUGCGCGGUAGCUUCCAUUUGAAUGUUUACGACUGUCUCGAUAUCUUUAGAGUUUCCUUUGUAGCAUAUUUAACAUUAGUAUCACCAACUGAGAAGCCUUAGUCUGGAUGGUUAUACAUUAGGAUUUCACUUAAAGGGGUUAAAGCAACUCAGUUGUAAAGCAUAAUUUACAUUUCCCUAGGAAUGCACCCCAGGCCAUUCCCUUCUUCUUCCCUGAUUCCUCCCUCCUCCCCCCCCACUUCCCCGUUCCCGGGAAACUUACCUCAUCGUUGGUGAUGCUCAGCUGGUUCAGAAGACUUUCAAAGUUGCCGAACAAGAAAAAUAGGAGUCCCGUGUGGUGAUUUACUAUCCAACAUAAACCGUGAGCCAUGUUCUUGAUGUUUGUUAGCGGGCACAGCCAAUCGACUUCCUCAAUGGUUCGCAGUGUGAAAAAUCCCAUCGAGUACAGGAAAUAGGACCACAUUAUGAGCAAACUAUCACCUGCCAAAUGGCGUAUGCGAUUCUACAUACUUUUCUUAGCAGGUUGUGCCUUUCAGUGAUGAAAUUUUCUGCAGGCCAAAACCACUGCCCGGCGAGGAAGAAAUAUAAGCGAGUGUAACGAUGUAGCAGCGUCAUGGCUUUGGGUUCUGUUGUAUCGGAAUCAUCGUCCGGUAUAUCUAUCACUACGUGGGGUGGCCUUAUAAUAAUCUCAAAUUCUCUAGAUUGAUCGAAAUUGAUCGAAAAAUUCCUUUCCUCUUCGGAUAAUUGACGAUAGCGAUUCAUUGUCGAUCUUGCCUGUCACAUUAAAACAAUGUCGUAGUUCCACUAAAUGCGACAGUGCCGGCUUGCUUUGUUUUAAAGGGGUUUUUCCCAAAUUAGUUUAAUUUCCUAGACGCCAGCUGGCUCGUUUCGUUUGUUUUGAUGAGCACAUUUCUUAGAAAUCAGACAACAAAGAACUUUUUGUUAAUUGAGUGAACCCAGGAUUAAUUUCAUACGUAAGUUAAAUAAAUGUUUUGUAUACGAUCAUCCGGCUGAGUGCAUUCCCGAAUAGGUCUGAACGUGGCCUGUGCGGAAGUUAUCAUCGUGUCAUGGUCUUCGUCGUCGUCAUCAUCACCAUCAUCAUCAUCAUCAUCAUUUUGCUUUGUCAUGUUAUGAAACUAUCAAGCUGACUAUAUAACUUCACCUAAUUGCCAACGAGCAAGCUUAGCGAAGACGGUCGGCUUGCGAGGCGGCCAGCUUAAUGCCACGCAAAGUAUUGCAGCAGGCAGAAAAAUUCUCGAUCGUACUGUGAAAAGUGUAAGGUAAGGUUAGAUUCCCUGGGGAUUUUAGUAGCGUUAGAUUUCACGUUUAGUUUCACGUGACUUUUGAUGACCUUUGUUGUAAACAAACCUUCAAACUUCACACUACUGUACUUGUACGGACUACAACUCACUAUUUCAAGUUCGCGCAAACCUAUAAAUUUUAUUUCCCUUUCGCUGUUUGAAACUCGACAAGUUUAAGGUUCAAAAAUGGCUAAGCUGAAGAAUAAGAGCGAUUUUACGGCCAAGAGCAUGGCAGAAAUGUAGGAACAGGGAGUGCUUGUAGUGGAAAUUCCCGCCUCAGCAGCUGACAGCCUCAGCAGCUGAAAUGGUUUUAUAAAGAUUGGAACUAAAACCGGUGAUUUAGGCAAAUUCUUUUUUUUGUAGGUACUUAGCGAAAGCUAGAACUAGUUUAUAAGCCUUGACUUCCAGUCAAAGUAAUUUCACUCGUCUUCAAACAUUGAUUUUUUACCGACUAUAUGCAGUUUUAUAAUACACCAUUUUAUUUCCUGAAGCUAUUUAUUAAACAUCUGUACCGCUUAUUCGUAACAUGGGAAGACUUAGGAGAAGGAAAGGUAGCCUGUUAUGAAAGCAGUCAAAAAAACUUCGCUUUACAGACACCCGCUUAAUACCGACACCUCGUUAUUACGGACACUUUGCUUUGUCCCUGUCAAAGCAAGCCAUACAUUUUCUCUCAAUUCAACCCCUUAAUACGGACACCCCGUUAAAACAGACACUCUCUAUAGCCCCCUCAGUGCCGUCCGUAUCAACGGGCUUUGACUGUAUAUCCUUACACGCUUGAAACGGUAUUCAUGAUAAAAUUCAUUCAGUGGUAAACAGCGAUCAGGCGUUACUGUCUAUUGUCGCGUUGUGUUAUUUCUUUUGUUGUAAAAAGUUAUUAAUGAGUUAUUCAUGUUGUGUCAAAGCAAGGGCUUAAUACUCUUUCGUUUUUGACGAAAAUGAAUGUACAGUGUAGAUAAAUGUCACAGGUACUUCCUCGAAAGGAAAUAACAGACAGGAAAUGUUUUCAAAAAUAGUUUUCACUUUCGGUGAAUCUUUUGUUGACCUUCUGCAGGUACCUGAUAUAUGUCGCUUCCCGUUCCACAUGAGAAACCAAAAUGAAGAAACGAAAACUGAUUGUAGCGAAUGUGAUUCGGGUACAUUUAUGAAUGAAGUUGUGGUUGGUACAUCAUACGGUCUAAAACUCAACUACCACAACGUCGACUGUGAAAACAUCACGGAAGUGACUCAUUCGCGCUGUUUUAAAAUUCAUUCGCCAUUUUUACAUCUCCCAUAAUAAACUUUUUUGGCUCCCCAAAAGUUUACGUAAUCUUUGUUUUUAAUCUCUCCUGGGUAUUUAAGUGGCCCCAAGAGAAAACAGUGGGGAUAAACAAGGUGUAUCAUGGGAGAUGUGCAAAUGGCGAAUCUUAACCUGCGAACGUAGCAUUUCCGGUCGUCACUUCUCUCUCUUAAGCAAGAAUUGUUUCUGCUAACGUUUCGUUAUAAAAAAAAUAUGAAUUUAACAGAUUCACGUAACAUUUUUUUUCUGUAAGCAAGAGUUAUUUCUGCUAAUGUCGGAGACUGACUUCGAGAAGUUUUGAUGUUUAUUGUUUGCUAUUUUUGACUCUUAAAUAACGAUCGCUGAAAUUCCCACACAAACCCGAGAACAACGCUUCUUGCACUAGCUCUACCCGAUGUUUUGUCACGUGAUUCAUCUGAGAUCACGGGACAUUUUUCAUUACUUGAGGAAGUCCGCAAAGCAUUAUCGUCCCCAGAACCGCGAUCCUUUUGCGGGUGGCACUGGCCAAACUGAUCACGGUGUGCGAUGCUUAAAAAGGGUGCAAGCAACCGGACUGUCACAAGAAGUCUUCGGUGUCGGAUUCAUUACGUCGUAAAACUUACCUAACACUACCUUCUGUUACAUCGCUUCGAGACCCAUUCUGCCUUGGAACUUUCGCGUGCGUGUUCGCUCGAAAACAAUGCAUUCUCUGUUCUGCAUUACGUCAUAAAAGUUACCUUACACUACCUUAUGUUACAUUGCUUCGAGAUUCAUUCUGCUGUUCCCUCGCGAGGCUGCUCGUUGGCAACAAGCAGGCUCAACUUUGUCGUAAAUGAUUAUUUACAUUAUUUUACAAAUAUUUACAACAUGACUACAGUAAACUCUCUAUAAGACAAACUUCUAGGAAGUCUAGACAUCUGGGCAUGUUACCCUCCUUUCUUCAGUGCUGUACUCUUACUUUCUGUAAAGCCGACAUCUCUCUACGAAGGACACUCAUGUCGGUUCCAGUGGUGCCCGUCUUGGAGGGAUUGACUUACUGUCUUGAUUUUUCCACUUUGUCGUACACCAAGGGUGGUCACUUACGAGAGAAUGGACUGUAUACAGUACAUUAUACUCAUUAUCUGUCAAUGUCUUCUGAUUGGCUAAGAGCCUACAGUUAAUUUUGGAAAUCAGCGCAACCUAUAAUCUCUUUCGCAGCUGUUUUUAGGGUCGUCACGCAACGCUCCUCCCCAGUGACUACCCUAAAAACAGCUGUCAACUACUCAACUUACUGAUUAGUUAGUUUUCUGUUAACAGGUAACUGACUAAUCUGUAGGUUGCGCGCACAACGCAUGACUUCCAACCACGACAGAAAACAUGAUCCGUGCGACGGUGUGUUUGUCGAAAACGUCACUUCAAAAGUGAAUUUGCGCUGCCUCAAACUUUAUCGCGCUUAUUCCAUCUCGUUUAAUUCGUCAAAUGUUGACCAAUUUUUUUGGAGUUGAAUUCUAAAGGACAGCAUCAAAGUUCAGGAAAAGAAAAAGAAAGUUGUUGUCUUGUGUUCCCGUCCUCGACAAAGCGUGAAAUUAGGCAGUUUCACGUUGUAGUCGUGCAACGACAGAAGAGAAAUGUACAAAAAAGCGUGAUGCACGUGCAAAGUUUUUGUAAUGCUGGUCUAAACCCUUUGCUUUUUUGCCGUUCUCGUUGCCGUCGUCGUCAUCGUUCCGUAAACUCCCUAUUUUCUUCAAAACAAUGUAUAAUAAAACAAUUAUUAGUUUCGGUUUUUGUGAUAUCCGGAAUAAUCAAGGUCUCGGUAAGUGUUAUCAGUUCCGGCCUUUUGGCUCGGCUGAUAACAUUUUCUUUUACCUCGACCUUGAUUAUUCCGGAUAUCACAAAAACCACAUCCAAUAUUUAUUUGUUUUCAACAUCAUUGUCAUGCCUUGAUCAUCAUUAUCAGCUGUUAUUAUUAUUUACAACAUUAUCGGCUUCUUAAAUCAUCCGUUAUUCUAAUGGAAACCUGAAACUAAAUUGCGCAAAAUGGUAUUGUAAAUAUUAUGCUUAGUUAUCUGUUUGACUGGUGUCCGGUAUUUUCGCUACGAAGUCCUUUUUCUGUGCAAUCCUUCCGCUACAACGUCAACUAGGCAUUCUAUAAGCAUGAUAAGAAACUAAAGCUCUUUGUUCCUCCUCAAGUGAGGAGCGCGGGCUCAUUUCCCAAACAGCGGCUUGCAAUUGAACCUAUGGAACGUUUUCACAUGACGUCACGCGUUUGUGUUCCAAACCAGUCCUGUGGGAGUCCUGGAGCCCUUUUUUCUCAUGAAGACGCUUUCUUUUGUUCCAAUAAAUUAACAUAGAUGCUGGUCACGUGAGUGAAAACGCUCUAUAAGUACUGAACUUGGGCUGAAAAGUUAUGCCGUCAUUUGUGUAUCACAGUAUUCCUGUAAGGAACAAACAGGGAUAUCGAUGCAGUACUAUCACGACGUGCAUCAAUUUCAAAAUACAACUGUAUAGCGAAAUUCGGAAUCAACUGAACCAAGAGCCGAUCGGCUCCUGACUGAACUGCGUAGCGAAAUGACCGGCAGUCGUUUAACCUAUAAUCAGUUAGGAAAAACUACAUCUUGUAGGUGAUAGUAAACAAGUUUGUCCAGCGUUUUUGUCUUCUUUAUCGAUUUCCUUGUUAAUGCCAAGGAGAUUCGACGUGAAUGUGCUUGAACAUCAAAUUUACCACCACCACAACAAAGGGACCAAAGAAGGUCAACACCAAGGUCCAGAGAAAACUCACUUCUCUACCAAGAACUGUAAUACCAGAAAUGCACCUUUUGCGGAACCAAUUCGUGAAGUCUUUCUUCUCUUGUCGUGUUCUAAAAAUCCUGUUAGGGUUUUGCUGUGCUCCAUACCUGCUGUCUUCUACCAUCUCUAGGACUGUUUUCAGACAACGUUUGAGAACAGACAUCUGGUAGAGUGGAAAGGCGUACAGUACCACGUUUUCUGUGAUGUCCAACACAGCUGUCACCACGAUCUCUUGCGUAGUGAUCUUGUACUGAUCAACAAGAAUCUUUGGGAUGAGUCCUUCACCUCCAGACAUUCCCACGGUGUGAUUUGAGGGGGGAAAUACAAUUAGGAUUGUACGUUUGCCGGUUAACCUGUGGAUAGGAGUUCACAGCGUAACUUGUUAGUACUAAUAUGAGCUUUAAUUCCGUGGAACCGAGACGUUGUUGUUCAUACUAUAUAUACCGGAUCGCUUUUCUUGAAGCCGCGAAAAGCCACGGUAUCCAUUAUAAUGUGAACACAGCCUUAGGAAUUGUAUGAGAUUUAUAAUUAAAAUCCUACCUGUGAGGAAAAGCCAUCAAACUUUUUGACCCAAAAUUUAAGGUUUGUACGCUGGCUAAAGCGCUUCCAGGUAUUUCGUGAACGGUGUGGUUUACCGUUAUCACGGUUUCGGCUUUUUCCACGAUGGAGAAAAUUUCCAGUGCUGAUGACAACAAGAGCAUGGCUAUGUACAAGGUGAGAAAAAAACGGAAGGCCUCUUCUGUCUGUUUGAUCAACGUGUUUAUCUUUUUGGCUUUGUCCCUGGCUUCUUCUUCGCUUGGAUAGAGACCGCUUCCAAGCUCGGCUUUGAAUUUGUCCACUUCGCAGCACAGAAAUAACAUCAAGUAAAGAAAAGCGUAGAAAAUGGGCAGUGAAAAACCGCGACUGGCUGCAUAAAAGAAAACAUCAAAAGCUACUUGUAUGGCUGGGAAGCUGUUAUUGGUACCCGUGAUCUUUCCAUCUGUGUAUCUUGGCACUGGCAAAAAUUCUGGCAUCAACAUUUGCGUGGCGUGCAAACUUAUUGGGACGACAAAUAGCCAAAGCACAGAAUUUACCACGAAAACAGAGAUCGAGUGGGACGAAGCUCUUCUGCGUACCUAGAUAUUGAAGAAACAAUUGCGAAAUGACAAAAUUAGGUGCCUAGUAAUAUAGAAAACGUCUUGCGUUUAAUUUAAUUCCGUAAAACAAAACGCGAACAGCACGAAGAUAUUCCAAUAGUGGAUGAGUCAGUUUUUGAAAGGGCAGAACCCUCUUUAUGGCGUAAUAUAUCCUCGGAGACUUAAUAAUAAUAAUAAUAAUAAUUUACCAAUUUAUAUAGCGCGUAUUUACAUGUGCUGAUCAAUAGCGCUUUAGAAUCAUAUGUUUAAAAGAAAACGAAAAUACAUUACCCUGAGAAUAAAAUAAACUAAGUUACAAACUAUAAAAAUACUUCUUAAAAAGAUAGGUUUUAAGUCGAGAUUUAAAACUGUUAAGUGAUGUUGCCUGACGAAGCUCCACAGGUAGCUCAUUCCAGAGUUUCGGAGCUUGGGAGCAGUUAGUUGGUCUGCCUUAGUUGCGUCAGGGAAAACGGCAGCGAAAGUUUUCAACAACGGGCGAGAGAGCCCCUGGGAUACUACUCUUAACGAACCAGUUCCACGACUUAUCUAGUCUGUGAUUGGGCACAAACAAUAUGUAAUAUUCAUAUCACCGCAAGGUACUACUGAAUAGCUUUUAUUUGAAUGGUCACGCUGAGGAUUACAUCCACCGACUCGAAAGUUAGAAGCACCUUGUACAGCAUAAUAAACAGUACCACAGGAAAGUACUGCUCAGUAGCUUUCAUUUGAAUGGUCACACGUUAGGAUUUCGUCCACAGACUCAAAGUUAGAACGACCUUCUACAGCAUAAUAAACAGUACCACAGGAAAGUACUGUUCAGUAGCUUUCAUUUGAAUGGUCACACUUUAGGAUUUCAUCCACAGACUCGAAAGUUAGAACCACCUUGUACAGCAUAAUAAACAGUACCACAAGGAAGUACUGCUCAGUAGCUUUCACUUGAAUUGUCACACUUAAUGAUUUCAUCCAAAGACUCAAAAGUUAGAGCCACCUUGUACGGCAUAAUAAACAUUACCACAGGAAAGUACUGCUCAGUAGCUUUCACUUGAAUUGUCACAGUUAAUGAUUUCAUCCAAAGACUCAAAGUUAGAGCCACUUUUUAUUACAAGUAUUACGAGAAUUCUAUUUCGUAAAGCUUAUUUGUAGAAAUCUAUACACUUUAUUUUCCACAUGUGAGAAAAGCUUGUACAGCCAAUCAGAAUGGCGUACAUGCAGCUGUUUUGACAUGUGGAAGCAUAACCAAUCAACGACAGCAUAAAUGCCUUUCUGAGCCAAUAUCAGAGUAGUUCAUCGUUUAUGGCUUUCCAGAUUUGGUGGCUGUCUAGCGACGCCUCCAAAUUUAUUAACACAAAAUGCCGGGAACGAAGGAAAACUAUAACAGGUUUUUGUCGGUUGGUUGCUCCUUAGAAGAGUUUGUGUAGCAUAAAGAAAAAACAACAUCAAGAACACAAAAAGCAAAACUCAGAGAGAUGUUUCGUUGUUGAUAAAGUAUUUAGUUUGAAGGAACGAGCCGAGAGAGUUGGAAAAUAUUGAUACAAGAGAUCUCGACGUGUUAAUCGCCAAUUUUCUACUUCAAUCGAAAGAAAGACGGCGAACAAUAAUACGAGCCCACAUCGUUGAGGUCUGUGACGUACUUAGAUUAAACUUUUGUAAGUGCAUUUUCUGUUCAGCACGACCUUUAUUCAUUUUUCGAUCAGGACUUAGAAUGAGUUAAGAGAUUUGCCGUUACUAUUAAAUUUUCAUUUGGUUCUACUGUUUGUGAUUUGCUCUUACUAAUAUGUGUUACAUUAAGAAAACUAUUUCAGUGAAAAUUCUCGUGAUAUGUGUAAUAAACAGCUCACGUCAUAGAAAGUACUUUGUAUGGGGUUAUAUUCACGAGUUGUUUGUGUCAAAACCCCGGACUGCGAGCAGUCUCUUAUUUUUCUUUGCAAAGUUACUGCACGCCAAACCUAAGCACGCGAGCGGCGAGGCCGCUUGUCGCGUAUCGUGGUUUGCAAUCGCGCUGGAUGAGAUAAGAACUGGACGGAUUUUAAGAGAAAAGGCGGACUGCAAGCAGUCUACAAAACCCGAACGAGCGAGGUACGAGCGAGUGAGGACUUUUGACACAAACAACUCGUGAAUAUAACCCCGUAUAAAGCACUUUCUAUGACGUGAGCUGUUUAUUACACAUAUCACGAGAAAGUUAGAACUACCUUGUACAGCAUAAUAAACAAUACCACAGGAAAGUAUUGCGUAGUAGCUUCCAUUUGAAUGUUUACGACUGUCUCGAUAUCUUUAGAUUUUCCUUUGUAGCAUAUUUAACAGUAGUAUCAGCUGUAGUAUCACCAACUGAGAAGCCUUAGUCUGGAUUAGGAUUUCACUUAAAGGGGUUAAAGUAACUCAGUUGUGAAGCAUAAUUUACAUUUCCCUAGGAAUGCACCCCAGGCCAUUCCCUUCUUCUUCCCUGAUUCCUCCCCCCUCCCCCCCCCCCCCCACUUCCCCGUUCCCGGGAAACUUACCUCAUCCUUGGUGAUGCUUAGCUGCUCCAGAAGCUUUUCAAAGUUGCCGAACAAGAAAAAUAGGAGUCCCGUGUGGUGAUUUACUAUCCAACAUAAACCGUGAGCCAUGUUCUUGAUGUCUGUUAGCGGGCACAGCCAAUCGACUUCCUCAAUGGUUCGCAGUGUGAAAAAUCCCAUCGAGUACAGGAAGUAGGACCACAUUAUGAGCACAACUAACACCUGCCAAAUGGCGUAUGCGAUUCUACAUAGUUUUCGUGGCAGGUUGUGCUUUGUGAUAAACUCUUCUGCAGGCCAAAACCACUGCCCAGCGAAGAAGAAAUAUGAGCGAGUGCAGCAAUGUAGCAGCGCCCUGGCGUUGGGUUCUGUCUCUCUAGGUUCUGUUGUAUCGGGAUCAUCGUCCUGUAUAUUUAAGACUGUAGAUGGGCUAUUAUUUUGGGAUAAUCGACGAAAGAAACUCAUUGUCGAUCUUACAUCUCACAUUAAAACAAUGUCGUAGUUCUACUAAAUGCGACAGUGCCGGCUUGCUUUGUUUUGAAGGGAUUUUUCCCGAAUUAGUUUCCUAGACGCCCACUGGUUCGUUUCGUUUGUUUUGACGAACACAUUUCUUAGAAAUCAGACAACAAAGAACUUUUUGUUAAUGGAGUGAACCCAGGAUUAAUUUCAUAAGUGAGUUAGUAAAUAAAUGUUUUGUAUACGAUCAUCCGGUUGAGUGCAUUCCCAAAUAGGUCUGAACGUAGCCUGUGCGGAAGUUAUCAUCCCAUGGUCUUCGUCGUUGUCUUCGUCGUCGUCAUCAUCAUCAUCAUCAUCAUCAUCAUCAUCAUCAUCAUCAUCAUCAUCAUUUUGCUUUGUCAUGUUAUGAAACUUAAAAUCGUAAAGCUGACUAUAUAACUUCACCUAACUGCCAACGAGCAAGCCGAGCGAAGGCGGUCGGCUUGGGAGGCGGCCGCUUAAUGCCACGCGAAGUAUUGCAGCAGGCAGAAAAAUUCUCGAUCGUGCUGGGAAAAGUGUAAUGUUAGUGUAAUGUAAGGUGUAGAUUCCCUGGGGAUUUAAGUAGCGUUAGAUUUCACGUUUAGUUUCACGUGACUUUUGAUAACCUUUGUUGCCGAAACAAACCAUCAAAGUUCGCACUACUGUACUUGAAGGAACUACAACCCACUAUUUAAAGUUCGCGCUAUAAACCUAUAAAUUUUAUUUCCCUUUCGCUGUUUGAAACUCGACAAGUUUAAGGUUCAAAAAUGUCUAAGCAGAAGAAUAAGAGCGAUUUUAAGGCCAAGAGCAUGGCAGAAAUGUAGGAACAGGGAGUGCUUGUAGUGGAAAUUCUCGGCUCAGCAGCUGACAACCUCAGCAGCUGACAAACCGGUGAUUUAGGCAAAUUCUUUUUUUUGUAGGCACUUAGCGAAAGCUACAACUAGUUUAUAAGCCUUGACUUCCAGUCAAGUAAUUUCACUCGUCUUCAAGUAAUACAUUGAUUUUUUACCGACUAUAUGCAGUUUUAUAAUACCAUUUUAUUUCCUGAAGCUAUUUAUUAAACAUCUGUACCGCUUAUCCGUAGCAUGGGAAGACUUAGGAGAAGGAAAGGUAGCCUAUUAUCAAAGCAGUCAAACUCCGCUUUUCAGUACCGACACCUCGUUAUUACGGACACUUUGCUUUGUCCCUGUCAAAAAAAGCCCUUACAUUUUCUCUAAAUUCAACCCCUUAAUACGGACACCCCGUUAAAACAGACUCUCUCUAUGACCCCCUCAGUGCCGUCCGUAUCAACGGGCUUUGACUGUAUAUCCUUACACGCUUGAAACGGUAUUCAUGAUAAAAUUUUUUCAGUGGUAAACAGCGAUCAGGCGUUACUGUCUAUUGUCGCAUUGUGUUAUUUCUUUUGUAGUAAAAAGUUAUUCAUGAGUUAUUCAUGUUGUGUCAGAGCAAGGGCUUAAUACUCUUUCGUUUUUGACGAAAAUGAAUGUACAGUGUAAAUAAAUGUGAAUGGUACUUUCUUGAAAGGAAAUAACAGACAGGAAGUUUUAUCAAACAUAACUUUCACUUUCGGUGAACUGAACUCGACUUCCUGUUGACCUUUUGCAGUUACCUGAUACAGCUGCCAUACAGCUGCCCGUUCGAUCGGCAUGGGAAACCGAAAUGAUAGACUACGAGUAGUCCCCCAUUUUUCCUCAGGGAUAGUAGAGCGAGCGAAACGCGAGCGCGCGUGAAAAUCACCCCACGCGAGAAAAGGCGACACGCGGCUGUGAAAGGUCAAAAGCUUGGGCUUUGUCUGUAGUCCCUCAUUUUUCUCUCUACCGCCGCGUGUCGCCUUUUCUCGCGUGGGGUGAUUUUCACGCGCGCUCGCGUUUCGCUCGCUCUACUAUCCCUGAGGAAAAAUGGGGGACUACUCGUAGUCUACCGAAAUGACGAAACGAAAGCUGAUUGCAGCGCAUGUGAUACAGAUACGUGAAUGAGUUGUGGUUGGUACGUCAUACAGUCUGAAACUCAACCACCACAACGUCGACAGUGGAAACGUCACGGAAGUGACUCAUUCGCGCUGUUUUAAAUUUCGUUCGCCAUUUUUACAUCUCCCAUAAUACAAAUUGGCACCCCAAAAGUUUGUAUAAUCUUUGUUUUAAACGGUUAACAUUAGGUAACAUCGGCUGAAGUCAGAUUGUUUCUUUCAGUUAAAUUACAUGAAGAACAACUUAAGUCCAACUUUACUGUGUAAUAUAAAAGUGAAAUAGAAAAACUCCACUGUGAUGCUUUGAACCCGGGUUACUUGCUUUAUAGCCUUCAUCCAUAUCCACUACACCAUCGAAGACUAGCAGCCAAAUCCAGUAAUUUUUAAAAUAUACAUGUUCUUAUAUAUGCCGUACCCCAUUACAAUAUUUGAAAGCUAACCGUUUUCAGUUCAGUGCUUAACCCUAAUCACUGCAGAUCAGUGCUUAACUCUCUACUGUGUUCUCUCCAUAACUGGCGUUCUGUAGUUUUGGUUUCUUCAGCUAUUCUAGCCUCAUUCUACAUUCCAGUUUCGUUCCAUUAUGAAAAUAAUGCGUUGUGUAAAAUUCAUAAGGUGUCCAAUCUGGCUUCACUCGAUGUUAUCUAAUGCUAACCGUUUUAAACAAGGUGUAUUACGAGAGAUGUGCGAAUGGCGAAUCCCUACAAGUUUACUUCCUCCUGCGAACGUAGCAUUUCCGGUCGUCACUUCUCUCUCUUAAGCGGGAAUUAUUUCCGCUAACGUUUCGUUAUAUAUGAAAAAAUUUAACUAACAGAGUCAGGUAACUUUUUUUUCUGUAAGCAAGAAUUGUUUUUGCUGGAUUUUAUCUUUCUCCUGGUCGGUUAUGGUAUACGUAAAGUUUUGUGUUCCUUAGGGGCGAGGAGCGAGGACUCGAGGAGAAACGUCUGCCUUCGCAGGCUAACUAACUCUUUUGGAUAACGUAUUUGUCUUUUGCACUUAACCAGAACAUCCAAUCGUUUUUUCAGGUACCUCAUCACAAAAUCAUCGCAUAAAAGUUGCCUUGAGGCAGUUUGCAGUGUAUAUCGCCAAUCUUUUCCUUUUAACUUCCGAUGCUUGGGCUCCUGUUGUCCGUGACACAGAAUUAGAUGUGGAGACCGCUGAUCGCUAUAACUUGAUUCUUUUGGGCAGCCCUGUGGAAAACACUUGGGUUGAACGUUACCAUGGAAAGGUUCCACUGAAGUAUCAGGACAAGACAAUGACAUUGGGUAGGUUUUCCUUUCUUUUUUUUGGAGACCUCCCCCUCCCGCUUAUCUAAGAGUCUGGAUGACCGCUUCCCCCUCCCCGCUUUAUCUCAAGGUCUGGAUCUGACACUGAAGGGUGUUAGCUAAAAACAAAAAGGCUGUUGGGAAAAUGAAGAUUUCGCCAGAAUGCAGUGUUUCGUUUCCAGACCGCGUGCCACAAAAUAGAACGUUUUAUUUUGUUGUUGCAGUCCACCGCCAUGUUUGUAGUUGUUUAGCCUACGAACGCAGACGUAUUUCUGGUCGUCGCUUCUCUCCACCGCAAAUACAUCUGCGUUUGCAGGCAAAUACUUAUUCUCAGCAGCCAAUGUCAAAAGUUUAAGGUGAUAUCAAAUUUCAUUUAUAGAAAUAGCGCCAUAGGUAAAUUUCAGUCCGUAGCUUUCGUUGUGUUAAUUCAAGUAGUCAAACUUGAUUCCAAGUAGUUCCAGUUUUGUACCACUUUCAGUGGUAGCACAAGAAAGCACUGUUAUGUACUAAAUUUUCAGAAUAGUAAUCUUUGAAGGUUAAAGCAUUGCUCAGUAGCUAUCAUUUUAAUGAACGCACUUAAGAAACUCAUUCACUGGCUCAAAGAAGAAGCAACCCUGACAAUGAGAUAAGUACUUCAAAAGUUAGAACCACCUUGUACAGCAUAGUAAACAGUGCCACAGAAAAGUAGUAGCUUUCAUUUGAAUGGUCUCACCAUAGAAUUUCAUCCACAGACAAAAAAGUUAGAACCACCUUCUACAACAAAAUAAACAGUAUCACAGGAAAGUACUGCUCAGUAGCUUUCAUUUGAAUAGUAACACUUUAGGAUUUCAACCACAGACUCAAAAGUUAGAACCACCUUCUACAACAUAAUAACAGUAGCACAGGAAAGUACUGCUCAGUGGCUUUCAUUUGAAUGGUCACACUUUAGGAUUUCAUCCACAGACUCAAAAGUUAGAGCCACCUCUAUGCAGCAUAAUAUAAACAGUACCACAGAAAUUAACUGCUUAAUAGCUUUCAUUUAAAUUGUCAUGUACUUUCCUUGGUAUGAAAUGAGAUUUAUCUCUGCAAACAGCAAUUGAUCAUCGCUAUUUUCCAUGUCAUAGGUCACUGCAACUUCUCCUCACCCCAGACCGGCGCGGUUUUCCUGGCGCCCCACGCGGGCUCCCGUUUGGCGCUUAUCAUAUCCGGGAAUUCCAUCGAGGGAAUCCGGGAUGCCGUGCACCUCGCUUCGCCUACGAUUCCUCCAAUGGCAAGAUCACCUUUUUCAAAUAUGGUUCCUGAUUACGUCAUUAACGGUCCGUCGUUCCGUGCACAAGGGCCUGGGGGCUACUUAUGCGCCGGGUUCUGGGACAACCGCUGGGGAUAUGGCAGGGAGAUAUCAUCUUGCGUUUGUUAAUGUAAAAAUAGCAAUAAUAAUUAGAAGAAUAAUAAUAAAUUUCCCUCCUGGCAUAGUGUUAGGUUAGUUAAUUCUCAUGGAACUUAACGGCAGAUAAGGC